AUGCCGCCUGGCUCCUCCAUCAUUUUUCCUACAAGGCCGUUUUCAUCUGGGGACUGUUUCUCUAGGGUAGACUGCCGCCAAUCCUUCGUUACUGUCUGCGGUCCUCCUAAAUACUCUGAGCUUCGAAUCAACCUCAGCCAAGCCUUCAAUGGUAUUGGAACUGUUAUUGCUCCAGUCCUUGGGUCCUACGUUUUCUUUAAAUUUGGCGACGAUUCGGCCAUGGACAACGUGCAGUGGAUCUACCUGGCUAUCGCUAUUUUCGUCUUCCUCUUAGCUUUACUCAUUUAUUUUCCACUAUUCCAGAAGUCACUGAUGCUGGUAUAUAUGGCCAUUCAAGUGCAAGAGACACAUACUCAUGCCGACGAGAAGCCCUUUGCAAAACAGUACAAGCUAUUUCAUGCUUCAUUUGCCCAGUUUUGCUACACGGGUGCCCAGGUCGCUAUCGCCAGCAUGUUUAUUAACUAUGCUACUGAGAUGAGGUCCAAUACUGAUGAGUCACUUGGCGCAAAGUUCUUCGCUACGGGUUCUAUUCCCGGUGAAUAA